AAUUUUCUCUUGUCUUCUUGAGAUUGUUUUGGUUUCGUGUUAUUGCUAAUAAUAAUUGAAUUAUAAUAAGUAAAUAUGACAAAUAUGAUGACUUAUUAAAUAAGUAAAGGCUAUACAACAAUAAAAUACUACCAAGUAAUCCCAUCUAACAAAAUGUUUUCGCUUAUAAUAUUGAUAGUGUUAUCAAUUCUAUCAUAUCUCUUUACUGAUGAACUUAUACCAAAACUGAAAGAAUUAUUUAUUAAGGCUGGUAUUUAUGGAAUCGACUUAUGUAAAAAUAGUAAGGAUAAAAUCCCAGAAGCGGUUGGUGUUGUUUCAGGAUGUGUUUUCUUGGUCACAAGUUUUCUAUUCAUACCUAUCGUAUUUGGACAUAGUCUAAUGGACAGGGAGCAUUUCCCGCACAAUGAAUUUGCAGAAUUAUUAGCAGCAUUACUCUCGAUAUGUUGUAUGCUACUGCUGGGAUUUGCUGAUGAUGUUUUGGAUUUAAGAUGGCGAUACAAACUGAUAUUACCAACAGUUGCAUCAUUACCUCUUCUUGUUGUCUAUUAUGUUAACUUCAAUUCCACAACAUUUGUUGUGCCAAUACCUUUAAGACAAUUCUUUGGACUAUCUGUAAAUAUUGGUUUCCUCUACUAUGUGUAUAUGGGAAUGUUGGCAGUGUUUUGUACAAAUGCCAUCAACAUUCUUGCAGGUGUUAAUGGUCUAGAAGUUGGCCAGUCGGUUGUAAUAGCUAUGUCCAUUAUAGCUUUUAACAUAAUAGAACUUCAAGGAGAUCAAUAUAAGGCUCACAGCUUCUCACUGCAUAUAAUGAUACCAUAUUUAGCUACUACAAUGGCAUUACUAAAGCAUAAUUGGUACCCAUCAAAAGUUUUUGUUGGGGAUACCUUCUGCUAUGUAUCAGGAAUGACAUUUGCUGUGGUUGGUAUUCUGAGCCACUUCAGUAAAACAGUUUUACUAUUUUUCUUGCCUCAAAUUAUUAAUUUUGUAUAUUCAGUGCCUCAGUUAUUCCAUAUCAUUCCAUGUCCAAGGCAUAGAUUACCUAAAUACAGCGGGGAGACAGAUCUGCUACAGGCAAGCAAAACAUUAAUUGAUAAGAAAGAUUUAAAUGCAUUAAGUAAAUUAAUAAUAAAUGUGUUAAGUUUCCUACAUCUAAUUGAUAAGGUUGAAGAUGAAAUUAGUAUAACAAUCAAUAAUAUGACAUUAAUAAAUUUGUUUCUUAUAAAAUUAGGUCCAAUGUCAGAACUUAGGCUAACUGUUAGCUUGUUGAUGUUUCAAACAGUCUGUACAUGUGUUGCCUUUCUUAUAAGAUAUCCAAUGGCAUCAUAUUUUUAUGACACAAAGUUAUGAUCUUUUAUAUGUUAAUAUUCUACUUUAUUCCAUAGACUAUAUUUUAAUA